AUGACUUCAGCAAAUCCCUGGGCUUGCAAACCGGGCUACUCAUCAUCCUCUGUCCAAGGCAGACAAAGGGGUUCAUUAGUCCCAAGUGGGAUGGGAAGUUUUAUGGCUUCCAUGACACUCUUCUUCCUGUUUCCGGCCGUGUUCGUGUCCGGCGCCCACUUGCAUUUCUUCGGCUCGCCUGACGACGACAAUAGUGGAGCAGCAAUGCAAAUCCUGUUGAACGAAGAUGCCUACAGCAGGCCAGCAAUGACCAGCAACAGUGACCAUCAGCAGCAAGGCAUACUGGACAACAGCGAUGACCGAGAUUACCCCUGGCUAACCCGAUCGAACCCCAGCGAAGGGUCCUCAACCUUUUCCGACGACUACAUAGUGCUGGAGCCCAGGAGCGGAGGAACCCGGCUGCGGUUCGGCAAACGAACCCGCCCCAUGGGUUUCAACGUCCGCGGAACCCGUUUGCGGUUCGGCAAACGCGCGGGUGGUGGCGGUGGUGGUUUUUCCAGGUCCAGAGUGCAAACCCGCGGGGCCAGGCUCAGGUUCGGGAAACGAUCGGAAUUUGCCCGUUUUCGUUUCGGGAAACGGGUUUCGGAGGACUUUGAGGACCCGGCCACGGCUGAACAGGAGUUUUUCUAUGCGCAGGAAGACGAAGCUGCUGCUGAUAACGAAGAGAAUGAACAAGGUCGAUGGAAGAAAUCCUCCAGCAGACUGCGGUUCGGCAAAAAAUCCUCGUCAUUCGACGGAUCCGAAGGAACUAAAUCCGUGCGUAUGCGAUUCGGCAAACGAGGCCCGGACCCAGUGUUUUUCGCUGCUCCUUCCGACGUCUACAAAAGACUCGCUACGAGACUCCGUUUCGGCAAACGAUGA